AUGACAUCCAUCGCAGAAUGCCUCAGUUCUGCUAACGAUCUACUCACACAGCACCACGUCUUGAUCACACAAGUGCGAAACGCGCAAAGGCUGCAUCGACGCCAACUGCGCUCUCUAGCCUCUCCACCACUCCAGUUGUUAAAGGUCCCUCUCGUUCCCUCACCACACCCAUCACCUUCCCCAUCGCCGCCGUCUUCACCUUCUCUAGCUUCGAAGCCGCGACCUCGUCCAGAUCUACCUCCUGCUAAGCGAGCUCGACUUGCGCACUACCAGAACUAUGUUCCAGAGGAGGAGACCAUUCGUAAUGACUACUCUCAACGAUAUGUGGACAGCGGAGAUUGGCCGCAGAAUUGGGUUCUUGGGGCUGAGCCGGAGCGGCGUUUUGAAGAAUACCCGAAGCAGCAACGUCUUCUAGCAUUGAAGAAGGCAUCUGUAGAGGAACACGCGCUCCCUCCAUCUUACAUGCCCCUAAUAGAGCUCAACAAUCUUUCGCCGACAAAAUUUGACGUCAUACUAAUCGACCCACCCUUCUCAUCCUCAUUCUCCUGGGAAACCCUUCAGAGUAUGCCGAUCCCGAGUCUAGCAGCGGAUCCAUCCUUUGUAUUUCUAUGGGUUGGUAGUGGCGCGGGUGAAGGUCUCGAGCGGGGGAGGGAAGUCUUGGCAAGGUGGGGAUACCGAAGAUGUGAGGAUGUUGUUUGGGUGAAGACCAAUAAGGCGACCAACAAAGGUCCAGGAACAGACCCGCCAACCACGUCAUUACUCACUCGAACCAAGCAGCACUGCCUCAUUGGUAUCAGAGGCACCGUUCGCCGGUCUACAGACAGUUGGUUUGUGCAUUGCAAUGUCGAUACCGAUGUCAUUAUAUGGGAAGGCGAUCCCACUGACCCAACGUUGAAGCCUCCGGAAAUGUACACUCUUGUUGAAAAUUUCUGUCUUGGGACUCGGCGUCUUGAAAUCUUCGGCCGCGCGCGAAGCGUUCGCAGAGGUUGGGUCACUGUGCUUGCGGAAGGAGAGGAAAGUAGAAUUGAGCAGGUGAAGUCCCAGGCGCGAAUGGGCAUCAGUGCCGGUAUUGAUAGUGGGGAAGGCGGUCAGGGGAGGUAUGGAGUGGAGAACGCCGUGCCGUGGAAUAAGGAGAGUUGGGAGGAAAGGAUUAAGAUGCAAAGCCAGGGAGGAAAGGCUGUUGUACCGAUGACUCCAGAAAUCGAUGCACUUCGGCCGAAAUCGCCCAUGCGUGGUGGUGGCUCCCACUCGAACAUGCCGGCCAACUCCGGUAUGGGCGCUCCUGUAGGUCCACGAGGCAACAAACUUGGUGGACCGAAGAAUUCAUUACCAGCUCCAAAUCAAAUGAUCACGCAGCAGCAGAUCAUGGGGAUGAACAUGAUGGAUGGCAUGGGCAUGGUAGGGUGGGGCGCCAGUGGGAUGGGAAAUAUGGGGAUGGGAAACAUGAUGAUCCCGGGAAUGGGCAUGGGCGGUCCAGUGUUUGGUGGGUUUGAUGGGAUGUCGAUGCAAGGUAUGGGUAGUGGGGCGUGGGGAGGCAUGGGGAGGGAUCAGGGACAAGGAGCACAAUUUAUGGACGGGAUGUGGGAGGGGGGGAUGGGGGAUGGCAUGAUGGGCAUGAACGGGAUGGUCAAUACGGGCAACAAUAUGGGCACUAAUAUGGGUCCCAACAUGGCUGGGAUGGCUAUGGGCAACAUGGGUGGCAUAGCCAUGGGCAGUCUAGGUAUGAAUCCAAGAACAAUGCAUGGGAUGGGACCCAUGAACCAUCAGCAACAAUGGAAUAACGGGGGAUACGACGGGUAUCAUUAA